AUGGGAGGCACCAAAAAAAGAAGAGACACUACCCCUUCAGUGGCCACGCUAUUCCGCGGAAAGGAAGACAGGCGGCCAUCUUUAUCACAAGGCCACACAGAAACAGGCUCCGACUCGGACGAAUACGAGACCACGGAAUGCCAAACUACACCACUCACGAAAGAGGACCUUAAGAAGAUGCUCAGGGAGACAUCUGACGACAUCAAGGCCUACACAACGGCUGCCCUGGAAAAACAAAUCGCAAGCCUCAAAGACGACAUAGAGGCCCUGGCCUCACGCACUAGCCGUGCAGAAACUCAGAUUACAGAAACACAGACCACGGCAAAGACACACACCAGGGACAUAGAGGCACUGCAAGAAAAGAUCCUAUACCUGGAGGAUGGCUUGGAAGAUCUAAAUAAUAGGUCACGGAGGCAAAACAUCCGGAUACGGGGCCUACCUGAAUCAGUCCUUCCAGAGACACUACUACCCACCAUCCGGGCGAUCUUCCACUCCCUCCUCCCGGACACAUCCGAACAGGAACUCUACAUCGAGCGAGCCCAUAGAGCCCUGCAUCCCCCAACCUUCAACAUGAACGCUCCCAGGGACAUUAUAACCAAACUCCAAUACUUCCCCAUCAAAGAGAGGCUCAUGAAAGCCACGCGGGAUAACCCGCCAACGUAUUAA